AUGGCUCAAUCAUCUGAUCACGAGAGCUCUUCCAAGGUCAUCAUUCUCAACGGACCUUGUGACUGGAAACAAUGGAUUUCCGUCAUCCAGAAAUUCGCCACAUCUCAUAACAUCUGGGAGUUUGUGGACCCUGCGAAUGACGACAAAUCAACCAUUGUAAGGCCAUCAGAGCCUACACACAUCCAGGUGAACGCCCAAGCAUCUGAUCUUGGUGCUCUAACCUCAGAAGAAUUCCGUCGAUUGGAAUAUCUUCACACAUCAUACCGAUCUAGGCUCCAAACCUAUCGGGACAACACGAAGGCCCUCGCCAGCCUUCAAGAACACAUCGUCAAGCAUAUCGGCAAUUACUACAGCACAAUUGCUGACGAACAUGACGUUGCCAAGCAACUAUCUCUCCUCCAAGCCAGAGUCGCACCGACUGACUGGGCCCUUGAGAGAGAAGUCUUGGAACGUUACCGAGCCGUUCUUCGAGCUCCUGACAGGUCCGAGAUUGAGACCUGGGUCACGAAGUGGCAGAAGACCCUCACCGAAGCUAAGAAACUAGGGCUCCCUGACACACAGGGUCUCCGCCCUACUCAAGACUUUCUUCAGGCAGUCUCAUCCAUCAACGAACCAUUCACUGACUACUGGAUCAACAAAAUGGAGGAUGAAGCUGUCACCGGAAAACCCGACUGGAAGGACCACUUCCCAGACGGCAUUAAAAUCUCUGAGAUCUUCGAACGCGCCCACCGCAUUAAGAAUGCCGGUUCCAAGGGCAACAAUGAUAAAGGCGGAGCAUUUCCAGUUGGCUUCCAAGGCCGUGACAAAGAUGGGAAGCAGAAGCCUACUUCAGACGAUGAGAAGAAGGAAAACCGUUGCAAGAUCAGAGAUAAGCUUGAGUCCAACAUUGAUUUGAAACGCAAAGUUGAUACCAUCUUGGACCGCACUGGCACUCUCCUGGAGUCGGACAAGAAGGAAGAACCCCUCAAAGGUGGGCUAUUUCAGCUCAACAACGUGGCAUACAUCCCGAACUUCCAUACCAACGUUGCCUCGCUCGACCUCUUCAUUCAAAGGGAUACAAUUGGGAUCCUGCUUCAGGAAAGUCAGCAGAAGCCAGCCUUUGGCACAAGCGACUAG